UAUCGCAUACCUCAUUCCCUCCAAAUCCCUCUCAAGUUUCCCUCCGAAUAGUCAAAUAAAUGCUCCUCCGUUUUGGUUCCUCACUCAGCUCCUUAAAACUACAUCUAUAUCCCCAUCCCCAUCCCCAUCUCAUAUCAAUGGCCGCCAAAACAAUAACUGAUUUCUUUAACCCAAACCCAGCCCCAGCCAAGCGGCGGAAACUCUCCACUUCGUCCGAUCAUCAACCAUUUUCCUCUCUCACACCCGACCAAAAAUCUCGGAUUGAAUUAAACAAAUGCCUUGCCAUCUCAAAACGCAAUCUCAAACUCUGUUCCCAAAAGGUUGAAGGAUCAGGUUAUGUUAAGCUGGAGGAGCUUUUGGUGGAGGACACCUGGCUUCAGGUCUUACCCGGAGAGUUUCAGAAGCCUUACGCCCUCAACUUGUGCAAAUUUGUGGAGGCCGAGUUAUCCAGUGGCGCCGUCCCUAUUUUUCCUCCUCGGCACUUAAUUUUCAAUGCUCUCAAUUCUACUCCGUUUCACAGGGUCAAAGUAGUUAUCAUUGGUCAGGACCCAUAUCAUGGACCUGGUCAAGCAAUGGGGCUUUCAUUUUCAGUGCCAGAGGGAGUAAAGAUUCCCUCAAGCCUGGCGAAUAUAUUUAAGGAACUCAAGCAAGAUCUUGGCUGUUCAAUUCCACUUCAUGGGAAUCUACACAAAUGGGCUGUUCAGGGUGUUCUUUUGCUUAACACGGUUCUCACUGUAAGGAAGCAGCAAGCUAAUUCUCAUGCAAAGAAAGGGUGGGAGCAAUUUACUGAUGCUGUUAUUAAGACUAUCUCACAAAAGAAGGAAGGUGUUGUUUUUCUUCUAUGGGGGAACUCUGCUCAAGUAAAAUCCAAACUGAUUGAUCAGACAAAGCAUCACAUUCUCAAGGCAGCUCAUCCUUCUGGUUUGUCUGCAAAUAGAGGCUUCUUUGGUUGCAGGCAUUUCUCUUGCACAAAUCAGCUUUUGGAGCAAAUGGGAACUGCCCCUAUAGAUUGGCAACUUUGAUUUCUGACUGACCUUUUCUGCAGACAUUUUGUGUGCAAACUAAUCUAUAGCCUUCUACUUGAAUUUUGCUACAAAGACAAGCUUUGGGGAUUUGUUUCGGGAAUUAGGUUGUGAUUUUGCAAUAGGCACAUUUUGGGAUGGGGUUUGUAACAGUUAUGUGAUCCUCUACUAGCUUUUGGAGCAUAUUUGUAUGCAGAAGUCACCAAAGACUGUGCAAUGAUAUCAUGCUCAUUGCUAUUUGCUAA